GGGGGCCUCAUUAGCAUGCGGAGGGCGCCUCUUAUAGGCUGCCGGGGGUGCCACUCAGGCCGGCCUCCUCCUCCUCCUCCUCCUGGCUCCCCGCCCUCUCUUUCCCGGCGAAGGCGCUCUGCUGCUGCUGGGCUCCGAGGGCCAGAGGCGCCGAGGGUGGCUGCGGAGGAGGAUGCGGCGUUCCCCGGCGGCGGGAGCCAUGGUGCUGGGCUCGCCGCGGCCCCAGGGCCUCCUCCUCCUCCUCCGCCUCUGGGCCCACGCAGCCUCCCCCUCCUCCUGAUCCUGACCCGCCUGAUCCAGCAGCAGCAGCAGCAGCAGCAGCGCCCCCGAGGACGCCUCCCCGAUGCCCCCGGGGCCCCCUCGACGCCGCCAGCGCUGCUCCCUGCCGGGCCAAGGAGGCUGGGGGUCCUCCUCCUCCUCCUCUUCCUCGCCAUGCUCGCCCUCUGCCUCCUCGCCUCCUGCGCCUUCGCCUUCGCCGCUUCCGACGACAGCCUCCUCCUGGGCUCCCCUGCCGCCUCCUCCUCCUCCUCCCGGGCCCUGGCCAAGCUGCUCCUGCUCCGGGGCCCCGGCCUCAAAGGACAGCCCUUGAACCCGGUCCCGGAGGGCGAGAUCGACGACGAGGAGGACGAGGAGGACGGAGGAGGAGGCGCCGCCGCCGCCGGGGCAGCAGGGACCUCGGCGUCCUCCCUCUCCAGCUUCCUCAACGGCGCCGGGAGCAAGCGCCUCCCGCAGGCCCUCAUCAUCGGCGUCAAGAAGGGAGGCACCCGCGCCCUCCUCGAGUUCCUCCGCGUUCACCCCGACGUCCGGGCGGUGGGCGCCGAGCCCCACUUCUUCGACCGCAACUACGAGAGAGGGCUCCCCUGGUACAGAGAGUUGAUGCCAAGAACUCUCGAUGGGCAGAUCACCAUGGAAAAAACGCCCAGCUACUUUGUCACAAAGGAAGCACCUGCCCGUAUCUCUGCCAUGUCGAAGGACACCAAACUCAUUGUGGUGGUGAGAGAUCCGGUCACCAGAGCCAUUUCUGACUACACACAGACGCUUUCCAAGAAGCCUGAUAUCCCCACCUUUGAGAGCCUGACUUUCAAAAACAGGACUACAGGCCUUAUUGAUACCUCUUGGAGUGCCAUCCAGAUUGGCAUUUAUGCCAAACAUCUGGAAAACUGGCUCCUGUAUUUCCCCAUUGGGCAAAUCCUCUUUGUCAGUGGGGAGAGACUGAUCAGUGACCCAGCUGGUGAGUUGGGCCGCGUCCAGGACUUUCUGGGCCUCAAGAGAAUCAUCACGGACAAACACUUCUACUUCAACAAGACCAAGGGUUUCCCUUGCCUGAAAAAGGCAGAAGGCAGCAGCAAGCCUCACUGCCUGGGCAAAACAAAAGGGCGGACCCACCCCAGCAUCGACCAGAAGGUGGUGCAGCGGCUGAGGGAGUUCUACAGGCCCUUCAACAUGAAGUUCUACCAGAUGACUGGGCACGACUUUGGCUGGGAUUGAUGGCUAAUAUAGAAGCAUGUGCCAGAGUUAAUCCUGUCAUUUCAGCUUGCUUCCUCCUAUAUCUGUAGAUAGGUCUAUAUGUAAAAUGUACAGAAAUCUAUUUUAUAAUAAUUUAUUUUUAAUUCAUAAGCAAUUAAUUCACUAAGUUGCCUAACCACACUAUAGCCCAUAGCUGUGUUUUAUUUUGUUUUGUUUUAAACAUUCCACAGUGUUGAUUCUUGCUAUGCUGUAGCUUCUUUGGUUGCCUGGUUCACUUUGAACUGGAAAGUGCUUCCAGCUAUCAUCCCAGGAGACAUUUAGGAUAGAAAAGUGGAGAGAAAGGGAGGUGGAUGAGGGAGAAUUGAGAAAAGCACAAUCUUUUUUUCUUCCUCUCUGAUACGGGUACUAGACAUGCUGAAAUACUUUUGUGCAAGGCCCUUCAGGUAGCAUCUUCUGUCUCUUCGUAAGUCAAUCCUCUUUCACAAUUCAGGCUUGGAGUCUAGCUGCAGUAGCUGUCUUUUUAUGUGGCUGUGGUACAGGGAGAGAAUUUGCUACUCUCCAGCCAUGCUGCUGCUGCUACCUGUUUCCCAGGUUCAAUGGUCUUGGUGUAUAGAGCAUUCUCUUGCUCCUUAUAGGGCAAGUGUGGAUCACAGAUGUUCUUGGACUGCAGCUCCCAUCAGCCAUAGCCAGCAUAGCCAACAGUAAGGCAGAGCUGGAAGGAAUAAGUUACAACUAGCAUAGAUAUAGCUGUGUUUAGUCUGUAGAAUGAAUAUGUAGAGAGCUCCUGUAGCACCUCUGAGACUAACUGAAAAAAAAAGGAGUUGGCAGCAUGAGCUUUCAUAGACUUAAGUAUACUUUCCCAAAUGCACCUGAGGUAGUAGACAAAUCUACAAAAGCUCAUGCUGCCAACUUGUUUCUUUCAUUUAGUCUCAAAAGUGCUACAAGAGCUCUCCAUAUACUGUUACAACCAGCAUAGUUAUUGAUAAUGAGUUACCAGUACUUUGGGGGAGGGCAUAAGACAAUUGUAUUUUAAAAAUUAACAUAAUGUAUGGAAACAAAGUUCCUCUGCUGGUGCAAUGAGUAAAAUUUUAGAGUUUAAAAAGUUACUAUUGAAGGACAUUUUUAGAGGUAUUUUGACAGGAAUUUCCCCAUGCUAUUCUCUUAUCAGUUUUUUAUUUUCUUAAAAAGUGACAGGGAUUUUAGAAAUAACAAGAGACACAACAAACAACACGGGAUGUUGUUUCUUAUGUAUUGCAACAAGUAGAAUACUUGUGUAUUAUUUAAUAUGGCCAUAAAUCAAUGAAUGAAAUAAUAGAAAUCACAAGCAAAAGAACAACAAAAGAAACAUAUUAUGGAAUAUACAAAGGCAAGAUCUUGUCAUUUGAAAAAAAAUGCUGUAAUAGUAACCCAUUACUUUUUAAGCACUCUUAACAGGUAACAAGAAUAAAUUGUUUUGAAAAGUAAUUUCCCAAGCUCUGGAUGAGGAAUAAUGGGAUUCGCUGUUCAAGAAUGUUGGGAAGCCCACCUAUUGCCCAAUCCUGUUGUAGAAGCUACAAGGUGAAAAACUUGCACUGUCUGGAUGUCUGUAGUAUCACUUUUCUUUUUAAUGCAGAUUCCCUGGGCUGAGAACUAUGCAUAUUUUGAUUUUGUCCAGCUUUAACUCUUUAUUGUUGAAAAAAAAGUGAAAUGUCUAACUGGAACAAGUCAUAUUACACUCUUGUUUUUAGGGGUUUUUUUUUAGCUUGAUUAUCAAACUGUUCUCUUAGAUGAAAACCAUGCUGUCUGAACUUGCAGGGUGAAUCACUCUGCUGCCUUUGACUCCAGCAAUCACUAGCCCUACAGUCAGUGUGCUAUUAGAUGAUAGAAGCCAAUGUAUGUGGCACAUUGCCAUAGUCGGCCUAGAUGGUGCCUCUUCCACACAUAAAGUUCACAAUGAGUAUUUUUGCAUUUAAGUCAAAAGCAAAUGGGAUUAGCGUUUGGUGCUGAGCUGAGAGGUUUUUGCUUGGCACAUGGUAUAAAAUGGUGUGUGUCUACACACACACACACACACACACACACACACACACAGGCCUACUUUCAUGAAACCCACUGGGAUGGGCAGUGGAGGUGAAGCUGUGCUGCCUGUGUGAAACUCACCAAAGAAUUUCACAAAUUGCCAUGCUGGAUUGCUGCCAGUGUAGUAGCCAUUUCAUGAGACUGAGAUGGUUGAUUGGGUCUAGUCACUGCUGAAUGUGCAGCAGCAGAACUACAUCACAUCAUUUUGUAGUGAAAUUUCUCAGGCAUGUCUAUGGGCAUGCCCUAGACAUUCACAGCAAAUUCUCAGAAAGCGGUAUUUCCAACAUAGACAUACAUUGAGUUGCCUGUCUAGGGCUUGGAAAGUUAUUUUAAAGUAGAAUAACUAUAUAAAUACUGAAGCCAAUUAUAAUUGGUUGGUUGGAUGAAGCUCUCAAUUCAAGAUCCCUCAUCCCCAUUGUCCUACAACAGCUCAUUUCUUUCUUUAAGUAUAUUGUUGUAUCCAUUCUUCUUCAACAUAAUUUUUCAGGCUCUCUUUCGGCAUGAUUUCCAGCUUUAUCCUGAGAGGCAAUUGCACUGGGUGUGCUCUGUAAGAAACUGUGACUGAUAUCCUACAUUGAGAAGGCAGAGUCUAAUGCUCCACCCAGAUUCAGUGGUUACAUGAAGUAGGGAGAGUACAGAAAUUAGAUCGAACUAUUCUGAGAAGGCCUGCCGGAAGAAAUCCAUCUUGACAGCUUUUUUGAAGUUGUCUAGGCUGGUUAUUUGACAUAUCUCUUCCUCUUCCUCUUCUUUUUUUACAUAAUUAUCCAUGCUAUAUUUGGGUAUGAUUGCCAGAUUUAUCCUGAGAGGCAAUUGCACUGGGUGUGCUCUGUGAGAAAUUGUGACUGAGAUCCUAUAUCAAGAAGGCAGUGUCUAAUGCUCCACCCAGGUGGUUCUUCUUCCUCUUCCUCUUCCUCUUCCUCCUCCUCUUCCUCUUCUACCUAAUUUUCCAUACUGUGUUUGGGUAUGAUUGCCAGCUUUAUCCUGAGAGGCAAAUUUAUUUAGUGUGCUCUUUGAGAAAGCGUGACUGAGAUCCUACAUCAAGAAGGCAGAAUCUAAUGCUCCACCCAGGUAGUUUUUCUGCACUAAAAGGUAAAGUUUUCUCCUCUGGUGUGAUUGUUAAAUUGUGUUCAACUGUAGGAGGAGAUGCUCAUCUCCAUUACCCAGACGAGGGAGCUAGCACUGUCAAAGAUGAUUCUGUGGUCAUGUGGCCAGCAUGACGCAUCAAACACUGUUACCUUCCCACCCAAGUAGUACCUAUUGAGCUGCUUGCGCUUUUACAGGUUUUUGAACUGCUAGGUUGGCAGAAGCUGGAAGUAGUGAUGGGAGUUCACUCUAUCACAUGGUGCUUGGGCCUCGAACUGCUGACCCUGCAAUGGCCAGAGUCAGUGUCUUAACCCCUGAGCCACUGCACCCCUCUCCUUCUGCACUGGCAGUUGUCAAAUCCUGGGAGAAGUUGCUGCUUACUGAUGGGGCAGGGAAGGAGGAGGAAGGCAGUUCAGUCAAAGAUGCAUUAGCUGGUCUCAGCUCAGUAGGAGAAAGAAAUAAGGUGCAUUCAUAGAGGGAGGGUACCCUGCUUUUCCUUAUCCUUUGAACCCAGACCAGCUGCUUCUUUCUCCUGUGAAUGGCCUCUCCCCUCCACACUGAUAAGCAACAAACAGUAGCAGUAGGGCUUGACAGCUAAAGGUUUGUUUGUGUGUUUGUGUGUGUUCAUGUGAGGUUUUGGACGGGGAGCAAAGAGUGUUCAUGUUUGCAGGCUUUCCUAUUAACAAUGCACCCUCCAGUUUGAUAGUCUUGGGGCCUGUGAAUAUCCUAUUACAGUUGGCCCUCCAUUUUUGCAGGGGAUUCAUUCCAGGCUCCCCUCCCCCAGUGAAAACCGAGGCUCAUGCAUAUUCAAGCCCCAUAGGCUUGAAUGGGGCACACCCCCAUGUGCACGGGCCCAUGUGUGCAUGCCACUGAAAAUAGUGGAGGUCGCCCCUCCGCAAAUAUUCAAGGUCGCGGAUCUCAGAUCCACAGGUUAGGACAGGCGACUACUUUUUUUGGAAAGUAACAACCUAUGAUAUGAGCAGUUUGACCCAUACAUUUUCCUACAGAGCAAUAUGCAAAUUUAAUAUUAAGCCUCUUUUCUUUCUCACUGUAUCCUUGGACACUCUUUUGACUCUGCUUUACUUAUUCAAUGAACAUGUUUUUUUUCUGGUGCCAUGCAGCAUAAUUUCCUUGAAAAAUCUCUGUUGAUUUGCUAUUUCUGAUUUUUUCCCUAUGAAUCCCCCCAACCCUUUCCUUUGUAAAACCCUUUUAAAAAUCUGUUUGCUGUUGGACUUCAGAACUCUGUGCUUGGACUUGUGUAUUUCUCCUUUGAAUAGAAUUGUAUCCAGAUGCCUUCCUGAACUGCACAAAUCACAUUUACAAAGUAGGCACUGUAUCUACAGGCCAUCUGAAUUGUUUUUAUGAAGUAAAAGUAAUAGUAUGCUGUUAACCCACUGUUAAAUAUUUUAAGUAAACUGCUAAUCCUGCUUGCGUGGCCCAUAUAAGGGAAACCUUAUGAAACCAAUUAAUUUUUUUUUUUUAAAAAAAAAAGCCUUACCUAAAAUUAUUACAGCCAUAAUGGCCACUGUACUGUCUGGCACUUGAACUGCUGACAUGAGCCUGAACAACAUCAUCACCAUUUUUGUUGGAGUUCUAAGAAUGUACACAAUCAUAACUCAGAAGUGUGGUUAGACUUUUUUUUCACAUAACAUUAAUUUAUGGCUGAGUUCCAUUCAGCAGUGCAGUAUGUCCAGGUAUUAGCAAUAUUUUUUGUGUGUGUGUGUGUUUGCUGUAACAUGUUACAUCUUAGAAUAGUAUACUUGUAAAGGAAAACAAAUGGCAAGCAAAAACUGUAAAUUGAAUAUUUUGUGGUAUGUACAACACAAAUUAAUUUUACACAGAGCUUUCUAGGAAGAUGAAAUUCUGAUUCAUACUAUUUCUUUGGAGAAAUAAAAUAUAUUUUACCAAAGUG